AUGACCACGCCCACCGCGAUUACCAACCACCCUUCGUCUUCGUCCAAUGCCAACGCCACUGCACCUAUUCCAGCCACGCAAUAUUCAACGACGACGCCAACGGCGGGAACCUCGAUAUCGGCGUAUGGAGCGAGUAAAGGGUCGACCUCAACGCCGGAUGGAAAUAAUAACGCCUCGUCGUCAUCGUCAACGUCCAAAAGGCAAGCCGCCAAACGGCCUAUGGAGAGGCGGAGAGUAGGGCGGCGGUCCUCAGCUGAGCCGCUCGUGCGCCUCGGCACGCCCUCGCGCGAUUCGCCACUCAACAUCCAGCCGCAAACCUCGCCUGUCUCCACGACCGACGCCCAGUCCAUCUCCGCCGUCAUUCCCUCAGCUAAUGGUGGAGCAGCACAAGGCCGGCAACGCGCGACGUCCGUCGUCCUCCCCGAACCCGACAAACCGUGGAAGCACCCGAGCGAGCUGUUGUUCAUCUGUAGGGACGACUGGCCGCAGGAUAUGAUGAUCUCGUAUCUGACGCAGAACGUGUUCUCCGUCCCGCCGCGCGACACCCGGCCCACGCGCGUCUUUGCCUCUAUCACCUCCCGCGACGGCACCACCACCCUUUUACCGAAAGGGUACCGCAUCCCGCUUAUGUUCGUAGCCAAGUUCCAGUGGGAGAGUCUCCGCCUCGUCCUGACCUCCUCCGACCCCGAGAAGGAGUGGGACGAGUUCAAAUUUGAUAUCGUGCAUUUGUCGAGGCUGUGUAGUCAUUUGUUGAAGGCGGCGAGGAAGGCUGCGAUGGAACUCCCGUACAACAGUCCGGCUGGUACGCCGAUGAAGAGUGUGAAGGGUGAUAGGGUGGGGAGUGUGGAUAGGAAUUGGAGGUUUGCGAUGUUUGAUCGGGCGUUGACGAGGUUUUAUCGCAAGUGGAUGGUUGGGAGGGAGUGGAGUCUUCGACGGUUUUGGGAGGAUUAUGGGGAGGAGGAGUAUGAAGCUGAUGUUUUGAAGCAUGAUUGGGCGCGUUGGGUCCUGAAAGGACAUAAAGGCUUUUUGUUGACGAAGGAGGAGGUAGAUAAUGGGAUUACGGCUGAGCAGUUUAUGGCAGGUCUUGGGCAGGUUGGGGGCAAGUGGGUGUGGGAUAAUGAUUUGUAUGUGCAGGCGCGGUCGAUUGCGAUGGUUGGGCAUACGCAGGCCCAGCGUCAAGUCGAGCAGCAACCCCAGACGAAACAGGAACCUGUUGCGUCUACUUCGAUUACGGCACCUUUGACGGCGGGUCCAUCCUCUGCGACGACGACUCGGCCAACCACGACGACUCAACCUGUGACAACGACGAUUCAGCCCCCCACGGCGACGACGACAGCCUCCGUAGCGGCUUCUUCACCACUCUCGAGUGUGCCUAUUUCCCCUGCGGUAAUCUCUGCACCUGCUUCGCUUUCAGUGGGUGAUGCGGGUAUGAAGCGUGACGAGAUUAUACGUGUUAAGCAGGAGGAGGGUGAGGGAGGUGUGGCUGGGCUUGUGCGGGAUGCGGAUGGGGACGGGGACGGGGAUGAGGAUGCGGAUGCGGAUGCGGAUGGGGAUGUUGAGAUGGAGGAUGUCGGCACUGCGAAUGGCGCGGAGAGUACGGUCGUGACGAAUGGCACGACGACGACGACGACUGCCACUCGGAGUAUGCAGGUGGAUGCGACUGCCACUGCUGCUGCUGCGGAGAAGGAUAGGGAUAGGGAUAGGGAUAGGGCCGAGGGGAUGCAGGUUGACGGAGGAGUAGGAGCAGGAGCAGCCACUCUUGGGUCUGGGUCAACCGCUACCAUCGCGAAGGAUUCUACGAUUACGACUACUACUGCUACUCCUACUACUUUGAAGAACUCGACAACAACUUUGAACUCGACUGCGACUCAAGGCGUGGCUACGACGAGUGGGUAUAAGAGUCAAGGCACGACUGCGACGACGACUACAGCCGCGACGAACGAAGCCGCCACUGCGCGUCUGAGUCCGAUACCUGGAUUGUCGAUUAGCGAGGGGCCGCCUGUGGACGAGGCGUUGUCUGUUCAGAAGGCACCUGUGGACGUGCCCAUGGCUGCAUCUGUUGACGCGAGGAUGGGUGUGGAGAAAGCACCUGUCGACGCGAGGAUGGGUGUGGAGAAGGAAGUGCCUGUGGACGCGUUGAUAGCGGGGGUGCCAGAGGAGGAUCACGGGAUACCUGGGUUAGGGUUAUCUUCUCGUGCUGCAUCGUUGUCGAGUAGGAUGGGUAGUGGCGCUGCGUCGGCUUCGGUGGCGGGUGCUACGACGGCAUCCAAGUCUACGACAACGACAACGACGGUGUUGGGCAAUAAACGACCGCGAGAGGAAGGGGGAACGACGGAGACGGACGUUAAUCGUGGUAUGGCGCGUGGUGGGGAGGGUGGUGUGAAGGAGGGUGGUGUGGAGGAGAGGGUGAAUGAGAAAGAGGGCGAGGGAGGAGAGGAUGGGAGGGUUGAGGGUCGACCACACCACCGAAGAAGCAUCGACGACGGCACGAGCGAACUCUCUACGAUUGCGGCAACGAAUGGAACCUCUUCGACGACACCUCCGAAAGAAUCGUCGACGACUGCGACAGCGAAAGAAGCGCCGACGACUACGGCUCCGACUACGACACCGCCGGAAGCACAAUCGCAGACGACGACGACAACGCCACCUGUCGUUCUCCCGCCUAGACUGGCUGCGUCGACGAGGAUUGCGUCGAUGGGUAUGUCGUUGGCUACUGCUAGGGAGAAGGCUGCUAGUCCGGCUGGUGCGUCGGGAGGUGCGACGGCUGGUCUUAGUUCAGCAGCUGGCGGAGGGACUGUUAUUUCGAGUACGACGACGGGUGGUACAGCUCCUCAAAGUGGCGGUUCGGGUAUUGUUGUGGCUGGACGGAGGAUCCCUGUGGGGUAUGCUGUGCCUAAUACUGCGGGAGGGGGUGUUGCAGGGUAUGGAGGUGGUGGAGGAGGAGGGUAUGGAGGGGGAGCAGGAGCAGGAGGGGGGUAUAAUGUUGUUGGGACUGGUAUUUCUGCGUAUGGGUCGCAAGGUGCGUGGAUAAUGUUUUUUGAGGUGGAUCUGAAGGGGCUGAUUGGGAGCGUUCUUUCGUAUCCUUUUUUCUUGCAUAUGAAUAUGCCUAUUGCUUCGAUGUGCAUACGGGCAUGUCUGUGA